AAGAACAAGAGAAGAUACAAGAGGCAUGGCUACAACCUGGACCUCACGUACAUCACAGAUAGGAUCAUCGCCAUGUCAGCUCCUGCAUUUGGUGGUCACACGGCCUUCCGUAACGACAUUCACAUCGUCUCGCGCUUCCUUUCUCAGCGGCACUACGGGAAGUUCUUCAUCUUCAACCUCUGCGACACCUACAACUCAUCCGACGGCGUCAUGGGGAACUAUCACCCGCAGCUGCUCUUCAACCAAGUGCAGAGGAUCCCGUUCGAAGAUCACGCGCCUCCCCUCCUGUCGGAGCUCGUCUUCAUGUGCCAGGAGUCUUGCGCGUGGAUGGCGAGGGACCGGCAGAACACGAUAGCAGUGCACUGCAAGGGAGGGAAGGGGAGGACGGGCGUUAUGAUCGCCGCCCUCCUCCUUUGGACUGGGCAUCGAAGAUGCGCGCUGGACGCGCUAGAGCUCUUCACGUACCGGAGGACGCAGGAC